AACAUACUAUUGGGCCAAACCCCUGGUGAGGACUUUGUUUGGUGUCUGUUGAUGUCAGAAAGUUACACAAGCGUGCGGUGAUGCGAUUUCAUAACAGUAAAUGGGGUUUAACGUGGACACUGAUAGUUUUGUCUGGAUUAUUACAUAUCACUCUGGAUAGUAACAGUGAAUGAAACACGCCUUUUCACAAGACUCUUUGGGCAAAGAGUGCAAAAAUGACUAAGAACACGCUGGCGUGUUAAAGUGAUUGUCAUCAACCAUCCGUGUGUCUGCGUCCAUGUAACGCUCCCGCGGGGACAGUCGUGACCAGCUUCUUCACCUUCUAGACUACCAUUUCAACUAUGGCGCUGAGUUCAGUGAUUUUAACAACUGGGAUCUCUGUAGGAUUUUUCACGCUCGUCAACGCUGGCGUUAGUAAAGUCAUCCCUGAAUCUGCCCGCAGGAAUAUAUGGAAAUGGAAAAAUAUUUGUACAUCCUUCGCGCACAGUUGUAUCACUGCAACAUGGGCAGUGCUUUGCUUUUUCCUGCAUCCACAGAUGGCCGAAGAUUUGAUAGAGACUCACUCUGUGUUCUCUCAUGUUUUGGUGUCAUUUUCCAUUGGUUACUUCAUCUUUGACCUCUCUGACAUGAUGAUGAACCAGAAGCUGAGUCAGUCCUGGGAGCUUCUUAUUCAUCACAUCGUGGUGAUCACCUGUUUCGGCCUGUCAGUGCUAUCGUGCCGCUAUGUGGGAUUUGCCGUGGUGGCUCUGUUGGUGGAGAUAAAUUCUGUGUUCCUCCACCUCAGGCAGAUCCUGCGUAUGGCCAACAUUGCCACAGGAACGUUGUGCCGGCUCAACAGCAUGAUGAACCUGGGCACCUAUGUGGUUUUCCGCAUCAGUACGCUGGCCUGGAUGACCCGCUGGCUGGUGCUUAACAGGGACAAGGUGCCCCUCAUGGCCUACACACUGGGCAGCGUCGGUCUGGCCGUCAUGACAGUCAUGAACAUUGUCCUCUUUUUUCGACUGCUCAGGAGCGACUUUUUGAAGAGCAGCACCCGGGAGGCCAAAAAGGAGAAAGAGAAGGAGAUGUAGACAGGAGGGGAAGAAGAGACAAGAAGAAGUAGAUUCAUAAACACACUCAUUACUCUACGUUAACAUCCUGUGGUGAGAUUUGGUACCCUUUUUCUUAGACGGGAGGAUCGUUCUAUCUCUCAUAUAGCACAGGCACCUGUGUACGAGGUGUUAUUGAGGGGCCUGAUUCCAGCCAUAGGUCAAAGCUCCACUGCCUGUCAGUUGUAUGUUUGGUUUCUGUGAUUGUGUAAUUAACAUUAGCAGCUCACUAAUAGCGUAUGGCAGCUUCUUCUUGUAAAACAAUACCAAACAUCUUAUUGUCAGAUAAACCUUGUGGUUAAGUGAAGACACUGAAGUUGACCACUCAACUUUAAACCAUCUACUACCUCAUAAAGUUUGUAACACUUCUUUAUCUCAAGCUUUGCUGUCAGUGUUUGGCAGAAGAAAAACAUAAGGAAUCAUUUAUAUGACUAAAGGUUUUGUCUGUGGACUAAGGAAAUUUAGCAAAUACCAAUCCCUACUCACAGAGUGAUAGUGUGAUAGAUAAUACACUGAGUUUGCAUUUAAAUAAGACAGAGAAUUUUACUGUGAUACCACAAUGCAAAUGUGUAUUAUAUUGUAAUAAACCAUCUAGGAAAAAAUAACAAACAUAAGUCAUAACAAACUUUAUAAGAGUCAUAAUUAGUAUAACCCUAACCCUUAGAGCAGCUUACCUCAGACGUGAAUGAUAGCCAAGCCGAUUGUGUGUAAGUCGUGUUGUUGCGGGGCACGUUGCCACUUCAGGUCAUCGUUUAUUUUUGUUUACUUUCCUCAGCCAGAAUUUACUUGGCCCACUGUCUGACACUGAGGCUGCUGAUGUUCAGGCCCUGAAACCAGAGUGCUAAUCCCCAGUUUCCUUUUUCAGAGAUUAAGCAUAUGUCUCACUUUGAGUUUUUAUAAUGAAUACAGAGUUGAAUUUAUUUUUUAUUCCUCUAACUAUUAGAACCUUUCUGGCUCUAGUGAAGACAGCUGGUGACAGUUGAAGUCCUUUCUAACCAAUAAGUUUAUAUUUGUAAAUGUGGUGUAAAAGAGUGUAAUGUUAUUGGAGUUGUAAUAUCAGCUGUGUCCAUUGUGUUGCUGUGUGAAUUACCAAGAUGACUUUUCUGCUUAUAGAAAUGUUGCAAUGACGCUGAAAGCAUUUCAGUUCCUGCUCGUAUUCUAAAACGUGAUUGUCCAAGGCCGCAGGAUGAUGCUGUGGUGUUAUUUUAGUGGGAAGUGGACAGAAGGAUGGUUACAGGAUGUAACUGCAGAGAAAAUGGCAGCAGUUAUGAACUUGUGUUCCCACACAGCCUCAUGUUUUUCCAUACACGGUAACUGUGGGGGUUAGCUACAUUGAUCCUUCCUUUAAUAGUAUCAUUAUUCAUUUUUUUAAAACCACAAAUAACAAAUACCAAUUUUGUUUUCUUUGUUCAUUUAUAUACUUCUGUGUUUCUAA